AUUCAGUAUUGUAUUUUCUUCUACAUACAAAGUACCAUCAUUUUUAUUGUCAGCCGGCUAAAUAAAACCAUUUGACCAUGAUGGACUUGAAUCAUGAUGGAAAUCGUGAUCAUUCAGAAGAUGAUGAAUUAGGGAGUUGGGAGGAGAUGGAGGACAGUGGGGCAUUGGAUGAACGUCUUGAGAAGCAACUGAAAUCACAUCAGAUGGCAGGAGACAGGGACAGACAAUCAGCGCAAGCACCCAUCAUGCUACAGGAAGACUCCACGAGGACAGCAUACCAACCGCAGCUCAAGAUUCUCAAGAGACAGCCGGGAUCCGACACCAAUGGAGAUCUGGACAGGGAAUCCAAACAAACCAUGGGAAAGACAAAAUCCCUUGCGGAGAGAGAAGCAGCCUAUGCGGAGGCUAGGAAGAGGAUCAUGGGAUCAGCUGCAAGUCAGGAGGAUUCCAGACAAGGUGUUUCACUAUCCAAGCCAUCUUCCAGCAACACAAGACUAGAAGUGAAAUCAGAGAAAAGCCAAUCAGCUAAAGGGAAGAGGUAACACAGGGGGACGUCAUCUACACUUUGUACAUAAAUUGCAUGAAAAAUGGCAUAUUUUACUAUGACAUGUAUAAGUAUAGUCACAAGGAUUUGAGGACUAUUGGGCAGGAUAGAACCACACAAUAAUAGUUUUGGAGGCUAAUCAUCCUUACUCGCAGCUGAGAAGCUGCAUUGCGAAGGAUACUGCUACAACGUGGUCGAGCUGCUGGCAUGUAAAGGUACCUCUGGCAGCCAGCAAAACGACCCAUAUAUGAACACGUAGCACAGCCAGAGAUCGAAAGAGUGAUCGGAGGGAGGAAAAUCGGAAGGCCCGGAGGAAAACCCUCGUGGCGCAGGAGAGAACCAGUGCACAACUCUACUCUGGUGGUCCAAGCCAGGAACAAACCAGAGCCACAGUGGUGAGAGGAGAGUGCUUUACGCACAAGCCAACCAUGCCAACACAUGCGAGUUGGAACUGGCCACUGGCGGAUCUUUGGGGAAGGGGGGAGGGGGGUGCAGCAUUGCCCCCGUAAGGAAAAAAUGCCCAAAAGUAGGAAUGGAAACAACUGCAUUAAAUCAACAUUGUAGUCUGUUUUCCCUUUUUUCUGCAUGGAUCGAUGAAAUAUAAUGUAGGAAGACGGAAACAAAACGAGGGUCCUCAGGUCAAAUUAGGUCGAGUCCAGCGCCAAAAAUUGCAUCUGGAUCAGCCAUUUGGACUGUCCUCUUUGUAACAACUUUUCAAAUCAAAGUGCAUUUUUCUGUGUCUUGUAUGUGUUCCGACACAGGGUAAUCUGUAUAUAAAUUAAAUAAUACUGCUGCUGGGAUUGUUUUAUGUCCACUUUUAAAUACACCAAAUACACUCUACAACCAAAUUUAUCAUCAGAUAUGUACUCAAUGUUUGCAAUUGAAAUUGUAUCCCAAAGUUACAAAAAAUUUGGCACAAGUUAAUCUAUAUUUGUCAAGGUCCCUGGUCACAAAUGAAAACAGUUACUAACUUUGGGAUACAAUUUUAAUAGUAUUAUUGUAUUGCGAUGUGAGGGCACUCUUUAAUACGUGAAUAGAAAGCAGUAGUGCUUCAGUGUGCAUUAAUGUGCAUCACAAGAAUUGAGAAUUUUUGAAUGCUGACUGCAUUCAUAUAUGUGUGGUUUUUAUGAAUAAUUAGUUAUUUCUUUAUGAAGACUUUUACGGAUAAUUAUGCGAGGAUAAUCCACCGGAUUACCCCCAAUAGCCAAAGGUAGCAGAUAUCCUUUCAAUCCCUCAAAUGGACUUUGAAGAAAUUGUGGCUUCAUUUACACUUUUGCCUUACGGCUCCAGCUCAAUUAG